AAGACCAGAUCUCGCGAGAAGAGACUUUCCCCAAUGUGGGCUAGAACUACUGGAGAGGAGCUUCACGAGCAGCCGGUUCGCACUUCUACAGCUCGCGUGCAGACGUCGUUGUGCAGUGAAACAUGUCAGUGGUAGGAUUUGACGUCGGCUUUCAGAGCUGCUAUGUUGCUGUCGCCCGGGCCGGAGGGAUAGAGACCAUCGCGAACGAGUACAGCGACCGGUGUACACCAGGAUGUGUAUCAUUUGGAUCUCGGAAUCGUUCAAUAGGAGCGGCUGCCAAAAGCCAGGUUGUCACAAACUGCAAGAACACGGUCCAAGGUUUCAAGCGAUUCCAUGGCAGAGCAUAUACAGAUCCAUAUGUCCAGUCUAUGAAAUCCAGACUUGUUUAUGAUCUUGCCCAAAUGCUGACGGGCACCACUGGCAUAAAGGUCAUGUACAUGGAUGAGGAGAAGGUGUUUAGUAUUGAGCAGGUUACAGGCAUGCUGCUGACCAAACUGAAGGAGACUGCUGAGAGUGCCCUGAAGAAACCUGUAGUUGACUGUGUAAUUUCUGUUCCCAGCUUUUAUACAGAUGCAGAGAGGAGGUCAGUGGUAGAUGCAGCUCAGAUUGCAGGCCUCAACUGCUUGCGUCUCAUGAAUGAGACAACUGCAGUGGCACUGGCAUAUGGAAUUUACAAGCAGGACCUCCCUGCCCCUGAGGAGAAGCCAAGAACUGUGGUGUUUGUGGAUCUUGGCCACUCCGCCUACCAAGUCUCGGCAUGUGCCUUCAAUAAGGGAAAGCUUAAGGUUCUUGCGACAGCAUUUGACCCGCAUUUGGGUGGGAAGGACUUUGACGAAGUGCUGGUGAACCACUUCUGUGAUGAGUUCAGUAAGAAGUACAAGCUGGAUGUGAAAUCCAAACCCAGAGCUCUGGUCAGACUCUAUCAGGAGUGCGAGAAACUCAAAAAACUAAUGAGUGCCAACUCCUCUGAUCUGCCACUCAACAUUGAAUGUUUCAUGAAUGACAUAGAUGUCUCUGGAAAACUUAACAGGGGUCAGUUUGAAGAAAUGUGCUCAGAGAUUUUGUCCAGAGUAGAGGCCCCAUUGCGCAGUAUCAUGGACCAAGCCAAGCUGAAGAAGGAAGAUAUUUAUGCUGUUGAAAUAGUGGGUGGUGCAUCUAGGAUCCCAGCUGUCAAAGAGAGAGUCAGCAAGUUCUUUGGGAAGGAGCUCAGCACAACUCUUAAUGCAGAUGAGGCUGUCGCAAGGGGAUGUGCUCUGCAGUGUGCCAUCUUGUCCCCUGCUUUUAAAGUGCGUGAGUUCUCCAUUACAGAUGUAGUUCCAUACCCCAUUUCACUCAAAUGGAACUCUGCAGCAGAGGAAGGACUUAGCGACUGUGAAGUUUUUCCAAAGAAUCAUGCAGCUCCAUUUUCAAAAGUGUUGACUUUCUAUCGCAAAGAGCCCUUCUCUUUGGAAGCCUACUAUAGCUGCCCUAAAGAGCUGCCAUACCCGGAUCCCACCAUAGGUCAGUUCAUGAUCCAGAAAGUGGUGCCACAGGCUUCUGGUGAGAGCUCGAAGGUGAAGGUGAAGGUGCGGGUCAACAUCCACGGCAUCUUCAGUGUGUCCAGUGCUUCUCUAGUAGAGGUUCAAAAAUCUGCAGAGGGAGAGGAGCCCAUGGAAACUGAACAGGGUGUGAAAGAAGAAGAGAACAAAAUGCAGGUGGAUCAAGAUGAACAGAAAGCUGAAGGUGACAACCAGAAAGAAAAUGCAGAGAAAAAGUCAGAGACUGAAGAAAUGGAGACCUCAACAGAAGAUGGCAAGCAGGAAAAGAAGACUGACCAGCCACCCCAGGCAAAGAAGCCCAAAGUGAAAACAAAGACUGUUGACCUUCCCAUCGAGAAUAGCCUCCAGUGGCAGCUGGCCAAUGACAUGCUCAACCUCUUUGUGGAGAAUGAGGGUAAAAUGAUCAUGCAAGACAAGCUGGAAAAGGAGCGGAAUGAUGCAAAGAACUUUGUGGAGGAAUAUGUUUAUGAAAUGAGGGACAAGCUGCAUGGUGUGUUUGAGAAGUUUGUCAGUGAAGAAGAUCGAGAUACAUUUUCGCUGAAACUUGAGGACACUGAGAACUGGCUGUAUGAGGAUGGGGAGGACCAACAAAAGCAAGUUUACAUUGAUAAACUGGCUGAACUAAAGAAACUUGGCCUGCCAAUCCAGGAGAGGUACACAGAAUCUGUGGAGCGACCAAAAGCCUUUGAAGAACUUGGAAAACAGAUUCAGCAGUACAUGAAAGCAGUGGAAGCCUUCAAGAUGAAGGAGGAGCAGUAUGAUCACUUGGAUGAAGAAGAAGUCAGUAAAGUAGACAAAAUGGUGAAUGAAGCCAUGAUCUGGAUGAACAACAAAAUAAACCAGCAAAAUAAACAAUCUCUCACACUUGAUCCAGUAAUAAAAUACAGUGAGAUUCAGUCAAAGACAAAGGAGCUCAUCUCUGCAUGCAAUCCCAUUGUCACUAAACCAAAGCCCAAAGUAGAGCUGCCCAAAGAUGAGAAAACAGCGGAGCAAGAUGGACCGGUUAACGAACAAGAGGCAAAAGAGGCGGCACCAACAAGCCCUGAUAAGGGGACAGUAGAGAAUGGCAGCCAGUCUGCCAACUCCAUGGAGAACAAGUUACCCGAGAUGGACAUUGACUAAAUGUAGCUUGGGCGCUUAGUUUCUCAUAUUGCUGGGAUAUGUCAGUCAUUAGCCUCUCAUUGUUCUGGCAAUUUUGACUUUUCCCAGAAAUAAUCAGUCUGCCUUUAUUACGUGUUUUUGCUUUUGAUUUUUCUUUUUCAAAUAAACACGUAGGAAUCGGGCAGUUUCAUAUUAAGAUGGUAGCAGAGAAUAGAAGCUUGCUCUCUGUGUGUUUGCCACAUCUGGCUUUAGACCAUCUUUUCUUAGCUUAGUUUUUCCACUAUCUGAAACCCUGAAUGUAAAGAACUAAAAAUGUGUUUUUUGUUUCCCCCCGUAUAAGGUGUUUCAAUAAUGUUUUAUUUUGAAAGUCUUUCUCAAGCGUUGGAAAGUGUCAUCUCACUUAUUUUUAACCAGCUAAAGAAUUUCAACGAUGUUAUCAGAAAAAAAUGUCCACCUACACUUGCUCUCCCUUAACUUGUGGUUUUACUUUUAAGAGAGACCCUAAAGUGAAAUUGCAAAUUACUGGCUAUAUGUGAUGUCUUAAGGGGAGAGAAUGGUGUGUGAAACACUUGUUAUAAAAUGAUGCUGCUUUGUUCAAAUUAAAACACCUUUGGUUGAAGAAGCAUAUCUUGGGGGGAACCAUUUUUUUGUAACAUAAUUGAACUGUAUGAUCAAUAUUGUUCACCCAAACACUGGUUUUAAUGUCCACUGUAAUAAAAGUGGUCUAGUUCUCAUAGCGAAUAUUUUUGCAUGGGAUUGUAUACACAUUUAUAAUUUUUAAGGAUUGUCCCUAUCUUUACAGACACUUAUGCCUCUUCCCUUUACAUUUGUGAAAUAUUGAUGUAAUGGUCCAUGCCAUGGGUAUAUGAGCUUAACUUUUUCAGUGAGACUAGAAAACCCUGAUAAACUAAUUUAAAUUUCAGUUAGGAACCUUGUAGCAAAAAUCAAGAGAUGUCUAGAGCUGCAGGAAAACAGUAAAGUUUAAUAUAGCUUGUGUAUCAGAUGACUACAAUUACCUAUUUUAGUCAUGGUCAAUGAAGAUUAUAAACCCAAUAAGUGAUGAUGGACACUGAGAUCAAGGUGAAUGAUUUGGAUCAAAAUUUUUUAGAACCGUAUUGAUGUUGAAGGCAACAUUCCAUUGUUUGGAUAAACUACUGCUGUCAAGGCAACAAAGUUGAUGCAUUCUGGGCAGAUAUAACUUCUGUACAGUUUUGUUUCAUUUUGGCUACCAUGACUGGAGGCACUUAACAUUUUGAGAUUUAUGAGUAUGAGCCUGGAGCUAGUGUGUGUACAUAUUCAUAUUUGUAUGUAAAGAGUGCAUGGUGUAUGUGAAAUUGUAAAAUUGCUGUGUGCAAAACAUCUGCAACAAAGCAAAAAUGCUGGUUCCUUUGACGACAAAAUAAACGCUCUUCAGCGAGGUGCUUUCAGCUGG